AUGGCGACGGCGACCGCAGAGGCCGACUCGAAAGAGUCCUCUGCUCGACCUCAACCCCAGCCCCAGACUCGGCCUUCCGACCCGAAACCCUCAAACUACUAUGGCUAUCUGUUUAGCCCAGAAAAGGCACCGACGCCCAUACUCGACUCGCUCCUGCGCGCCAUCGCCCUCCAUAUUAUCACCGACAUUGGCGACAAACAUGUCCAGGCCUUAACACCUCAGAAGCUGGCUGCCUUCUACAAGGCCGUUGGCGGCGACUAUGACUCCCUUUUCAUCGAAAUGCCCCACCCCGCCAUAUCAUACAUCUGGCAGGUUACAGGCUGUCAACACUCGAUGCAGCCCUCCGACAACGACUUCGAUGCCCCUUCCGUCCCGGCGUUGACAUUGCGUGGCUUCGUUCGAUGGGAGUCGAUAGAGAUUCUGCUGAGCCCCGAGGAGCAUGUGCCUUUCAUCCAGCAAGCCGUCAGGAGCUGGAACUUGAAGCAUCCCGAAACUGGCGAGCCCUUCCCUCCGGAUCUACCUGCAGAGGCUCUUCCUAGCCUGCCGGAUGCUGGGAUAGAGAAAUGGCACAAGGAAUGUGCCGAAAAGUUGAGGAAGGCUGCGUCGCCAAAGGACGAGCCUGCAUCUCCCAAGACUGCACCCGCCCGCCCUGUAGAGAGAGACGAGCCGAGGUUCAAGUCAGCCUAUGUGCACGUCCGCAACCCCUAUCCCAAGGCAUCACCUAAGCCGUCGCCCCCUCCUCGCGGCCCGCAGACAGACUAUUUUGCACCGCCCACUCGGCCUCCUGUAGCUUACAGCCAUGUCCCAGGCCAUCCUGCGAAUAGGUACCCCCCUUCGCGCCUAAACAUCCCGAGGACCCCCGAGCAAGAUCGAUCCCGCGGCCAGAACUCUCCGGACGACCGUCGUCGCCGUAGCUUCUCUGACUUCCCAUCUCCUCCGCAGGAAGCCGCCCACGCCGCCUCCGAGCACCUGCAUCCCAGCAGGCCCUCUAUGCAGCCCCGCAGACAUAGCCAGCCUCGACACUACUCGUCAUCGUCGACGUCCGAUUCCGACGAGCCGGCGAGUCCUCGAAGCAAGCGGAGGCCUCACACGCAUCAUUCCAACGAGCCGCCGCCGCCGAGCUUCCGGCGCAUGGGUCCAGCGUCGGUGCCCCAGCCGCCACCAGCACCGCAUGGUCCGCCCCCAGGAACUCGUAUUCAUCGUGCCGAUCUAAGACCAGAGGAUGCGCGUCGUCGUAGCAUACCCAUCGUGGAUGGCCUGAGGGAAAAGAUCACCGAAAAAGUGACGUCCAUCCUUCCCAAUGGCCGGUCACCGGAACGUCACCGAAGCACCUCUGGUCGCCGAAGCGACCCGCCGUCGCGCCGUAGCAAGGAGAAUCUUCCAUCAUCCAAGCUCCACCGUAGUUGGCCUGACAUCGGGUCGGAUGACUCUCAAGCGUCGGAUUCCGAGGAGGAGCGGCGGCGUCGGUUCAAAGCUCGAGAACGUAAAGAGAUGGAAGAGAGAGAACAGAGAGAGAGAGAAAGAGCACGUGAGAGAGACCGUGAGAGAGAUCGUGGCCGAGAUCGAGAUCGCAGGCGCGACCGGGAGCGAGACAGAGACCGAGAACGCGUUGUGAACUGGGAGAGGGAAGAGGACAUUGAAGCACGCCGACGGAGGGAGCGACACCUUGUGCGGCCCGAGGCGCAACGCCGAACAAGCAGCCAUGCUGACGUGGACCGGAUGCGAGGAAGGGGCGAGCCCCCAUGGGACGCUCGUGACCGUGAGUUUAGGGAUGAUAGACAGCGGUGGAAGGAACGCGGGAGCAGCCCCGUCAUCUCUGGUGUAGGGGGACGACAAUACCCAACCGGGCCGAUUCGGAGCUAA